AUGGAUUUUUCAUUUGUAUCAUGUAAAAGUUUUAAUGAAAAUGAAAUAUCUUUUAUCAGCUCAAAAAUCCAGCCAAAAAAUGAAGAUUGGACAAUUGAGGAGAACAAUCUAUUUGAGAAUGCUAUUGGAGCUUAUAAUAUUGAAUUCCCAUAUAUAUUUAACAAGAUUGCUUCAUUCAUCCCUGGAAAAACCAUUGAACAAAUUAAAGAACAUUACAAAGCAUUGGUAGAAGACGUUGACAUGAUCAAAUCGGGUCAUGUUCCAUUACCUAACUAUAUAGACAUUGAUAAUAGCAAGCCUAAAUCAGCUUGGAGGAGAGGGGGAAAAUCUACACAAAAACAGAAGACUAGGUCCAUUCGUUGGACCAAGGAAGAACAUGAGAAAUUUCUUGCUGGACUAGAAAAGUAUGGGAAGGGAAAUUGGAAGUGCAUUUCAAGAAAUUGUGUGUUAACGAAGAGCCCAACACAAGUUGCAAGUCAUGCCCAGAAGUACUACAUUCGUCUUCAAAAAUCAGCAACACCUUAA